CCGCCUCCCACCCUGGGCUGUCCUUUCCUCAACCAGCGCUUACUUGUCUCAGCCGAGGGGAUGUGGCGUGAGUGGUCGGCGUCCGCAAAGACACGUUGAGCACGAUGACGCAAUUCAUAACAAUGAGCGUGGCAACCACCAUGACGAAAAUGAGAUACCUGAGAUACCCAAAAGGCAUGAUGUCACAGCUAGCUGCCCUCUACCUCACAAACACCUCUGCACAAGUGGUGGGGUUCCUCCCCUUACUAACCCUGCACCACCACGCCAGAAUUGUCCCCGCCCCUCUGCACCUACCAUCUGUUCGGACAUGAAGGGGACUCCCAGCAACUUGGACACCCUGCUGUGGGUCUACCACUUCCACAGCUCCACCGAGGUGGCCCUACAGCCUCCGCUUCUAUCUUCCCUGGAACUUGCUGUGGCUGCAGCUCAGGAAUAUCUGGUGCAAAGGUUCAGAGAACUUAAGUCCCAGGAGUCCCUGGAAUCCGAUCAGCCGCCUGCCCAGAAGGCCACCUUAGGGCUGGUGCUAAGAGAAGCUGCGACCAGCAUCAUGAGCUUUGGCGCCACCUUGUUAGAGGUGCAGCUCUGGGGGGUUGAGGGAUGGGAAGAAAAGGGGGAGUGCAUGGAGGACCAGCUGCCACCAUUAUUUACCCAGGGACUCUUGAGGAAUGAGGAAUAA